AUGAAGGUCGCCCUGCUCCUGUCUUGGAUCGCUGUCGCUACCGCGGCCCCAACUCCCAAGCUCAAAAAUUCCGAGGCGGAUCCUCUUCUAAGUAUUAGGAAGACCGAUGAGCUAUGGCAAAGGACGGCACAAGAGGAUUGUGGGAUAUGCGAGGGCGAGGUAACCGCUGAGAUCGGAAAGACCGAUGAGCUGUGGCAAAGGACAGUAGACGAGGACUGUACAGAGUGCGAGGGCGAAACAGUUGAUUAG